CUUGUCGUAUAUCCAGCUAACUGACUGUUAGCUUUUGUGUCAAUAUGGAGUCUGGCUGUUUGUUUGUUGUUUCUGGCUAAUAACCCGCUGGCACUUGGUGGCUUUAAUGUUCCGUGCAGGUCACCUAAAAACCAUCGGCAAAGCGGGAACUGGCUGGCACUUUCACCGGACAAUGGACGAGCUGGUCCAUGACCUGGUGUCGGCACUGGAGGAGAGCUCGGAGCAAGCUGCCCGGGGUGGCUUCGGCGAUGGCGGGGACCACGCGCUAGCAGUGGGUUGUCUGCUGAAGAGACAGGCUCGGAAACGGAGGGGCAGGAAACGACGCUCAGACAACCCCCAUCCGCCCUGGGAUACGGGCCACCUCAGUGAGGGUUCAGAGUCCAGUGUGGAGGAACAUAAGGACUACCGUGCCAGCUCAGGAGGUGUUUCCGCUGCCAACAGCCACGCCCGUGACAACAGCGACUCUGAUGACCAGCUUGGCCCCAAAAGACGACCGCCCCACGCUGCCGACCUGGGACGAAGCAAGCGGCCAAUUUGGCCCGACGACCUGGCCGUCCUGGGGUCAGCAGAGGGAACUCGCAGCCUUAGACGCCGGCGUAAGGUCAAACGUAUGGCUGUGGACCCGCCGGUAGAACCAGAACCUCACUCCUCCAUCUUACUCGGGCCCCCGCCGGUCCCCAAGGCUCGUGUCGGCAGCAGGCCGCACAGACUCUAUGGUAACGAGAGUAGGGGCGCCAUGGAGCUUUGUGGAGGUGGCCUGCUGGGCUCUGUAGGAGAAAAGAACCGUGUGAAGAAGAGAAAACUGGCAAUGCAAAGACUAGGGCUAGAAGCUGCAGACGAAGGGGUGGUUGUUGAGAGUGAAGACCCUCUGUCUUCACCAAAAGAGGGAUCUAAAGAGAAGAUGGAGCUGGACGAGCAAAAGGGCUCAGAUGAGGACAUGAGUGACAGGUGUGAGACCAGCAGCGUCAGUAACAGCAGUGAUGGUGGCCUGUAUACUAAUGAUGAGGGGAGGCAAGGUGAUGAUGAACAGAGUGAUUGGUUCUGUGAUGGAGAACCGGCGUCCGGAUCUGGGCCCGGGGGUGCAUGUGGGAUAGCAGGAGUGGUUCCCUGGUGGGAGAGGGAGGCGACGUCGGAGGAGCUGGACCUCGCCGACCCGGUCUUCAACAGCAUUCUCACAGGAUCCUUUCCUCUCCUGAGCCCCGCUGCACAGAGAGGGUUCCAGGCCAGGUUGAGUCGUCUCCAUGGAAACCAGCAGGGAUCCGAGGCGGGAUCCAGUCAGGGCUUCAGCGAAAGGCUGAGCCAAGAUCCCCAUGAACCGUGGUUUAACGCAAGCUCAAGGAGGGACCAUGGACAGUUGCACUGGGAUCCACGAACAGACAGAGGGCAUCGGAGGAGCUGUUCGGUAAAAACAGCAAGCAGGCAGACCAGCGGACACCUCGGCUCUCUAUGCACAGGCGACAUUAAACGGAGGCGAAAGGCAGCUCCUCUAGGUACCGUUGUUCCCUCAGGUGUGGUUGGGGAAAACGCAGCUCCCAUCCCUGACACGAACAUGGGGAGCCGCAUGUUGCAAAGCAUGGGCUGGAGCCCGGGGAUGGGACUCGGCCCUGAGGGGAGGGGUAUCACCGAACCCAUCCGGGCCACACAGAGACCCAAAGGGGCAGGUUUAGGUUUCAACUGAUCUGUCGCUUCCUGGACUCUGAGACACGAUACUGCAAAAAAAAAAAAAAAAAAAAAA